UCAGACGAAGAAAUUAUGCCAAAAAUUGAAGGAAUUUAUACUCAAAAGUUGAGAAUUGAUGAUAAAUUGUUGAGAAUGUGAAUUUUUUGUAAUAACGAAGCAUAAAGCAAUAUGGAUAGUAAUCGGACAAUCCAGACUAUCGAUGCAAUGCCGAUAAAGCUGUACUAUCGGCAAUAUUCGAAAUCAGAGGAUGAGGACAAGGUAGAACCGAUCGAAACCGCUUACAGGACAAUCGACACGGCGACGUUGAAUUAUUUGAAGAAUCACGAUCCCAAUAUACCUUACCCAAUUAACACUGUACAUCUGCAGAACCCGUACAAACAUCCUCUAAAAUUCGAAGGAUACGCUACUGGAGAGAUUUUCAAAGUUCGACCAGCUUCGUUCAAGAUUAUGUACCGCUCGAAGGAUACAACGUUGAGGUCCAGAUACAAUAAGAACAAAUUUAUCAAAAAAGAAAGCCCUUUGACGCAACAUUACGAUUAUGAUGAUGAUAAGGGUAUAAGUAAAAAUGAAAAUCAACGAUGGACGAAGCUUACGAAUAUUAUGAAACAAUACUGUAUGAAUAGUACUCUUCAUGGUUUGCGUUAUGUGGGAGACUCGAGCUUAUCUAUUGUCGAAAGAAUCUUCUGGAUAAUUUCCUUUACAUUAGCGGUCUUAACAGCCGCUUAUUAUAUAUGGUUUCUAUAUCAAAGGUGGGUCUCGACACCCAUUAUUAUCGCUCUCAGUCCAGAAUCAGUAUCCCUGGAUCAGUUUCCGUUCCCUUCGGUUACCAUUUGUAACAUGAAUAAUGUGAAAAAGAGCGAGGCAACUCGCAUAAAUGCUGGGAACGAUACACGAAAGAAACUAUUAUUGGACGAUAUGUGCAGUAUUGAGAAUAGCUCGACUCUCAAUCGAGUCAAUGAAAACACGAUAACUUGGGACAACAUCCUUCAUUUCAUGGUCAAUGUGUCACAAUCUUGCACAGAGAUGCUACAUUUGUGUAAAUGGAAUGGGAAUGUUACUGAUUGCGAGAAAAUUUUUAAUCCCACUCUGACAGACGAAGGAAUGUGUUGUAAUUUCAACUCCGUUGAGAGGAAAUACUUGUUUUACAACCCACGUGACUGGUCUGACAUCAAUAUGACGUUUCCAUUCAAUAAUAGCAUCGACUGGAAUCCCGAAACCGGAUACGACGAAGACGUACCGCCAGAUUCCCUUCCAUGGAGACCGUAUGGUGCUGGACAAUUCUAUGGUCUGACUCUGGUUCUUGAUGUAGAUAUGGAUGAAUACUACUGUUCGUCCACCGCUAGCGUUGGUUUCAAGAUGUUGCUGCAUAAUCCGGUGGAAACACCAAAGAUCGCCGAAUUUGCGUUCACUCUCACUCCGGGUGAAGAGACUAGAGUAAUCGUAGCGCCCAGAAUAUCAGCCGCCAGCAAGUCAAUAAUUAACAUCCCUCUGAAAAAGAGGAAGUGCUUCUUCACUUCUGAGAGGAAGUUACGUUACUACAGGACCUAUACACAAAGGAACUGCGUCCUCGAGUGCGAAGCGAACUUCACACAGAAGAACUGUCAUUGUGUCCAGUAUUACAUGCCCAAAUCUUCCAACACACAAAUCUGUGAGAAGAAAGAUGACAACUGCGCAACAAAAGCUCGCAGAGCAAUGGAAAUGAAACUUUACGAUGACAAUAUAGUAGUAGGCAACUUAAAUGUCUCUGAAACACCCAGUUGUAAUUGUUAUCCGGGAUGCUUCGAGAUCGGUUACAACGUAGAAAUCUCACAAAGCAAAUUGGUGCCUACUUUCAUCAUUCCUGACGUCUACGUGAAGAAAAAUAAAGACUAUUUCGCUAAAAACAUGGCGGUGGUUCACCUGUUUUUCGUCGAUUCUCAAUUCACGAAGUAUAUGAAAAACGAAUUGUUUGGUUUCACAGAAUUUCUAUCUAGCACCGGUGGCUUGUUGGGCCUCUUCAUGGGCUUUAGUUUCCUCUCUUUGGUGGAAAUUGUGUAUUUCGUGACAUUACGGCUUUGGUGUCGCGUGUACAAAAGCAGGCACGCUCCUCGUGACAAUAUUCUUCACGUGCAACCAUUCGAUUCGAGUACUAACCUCGUUUACCCUUUUGUACAAUGACUUACUUCGACUCUUUUAUUUUGAAAAAAAAAAGAUUAUUGUCAUUAGUGUGUAGAUGCAUGUUUGAUUCAUGAAAAAUACACGAUAUUACAUAACUUGUAUGAUGAAUUUCUAAAAAUGUACUUGCAAAGAAUAUAUUUAAAUAUAUAAUGUGAUUCUCAUA